GACCAGACUCUUCCUGCGCCUGUAAGCAGCUGAACGUCACGUGGUUGUGACGCCAUCAGUCCGCGACGACGGCCGGAGACGAGUUCGAGCGUGCGACUUGCUGCUGACAGAAGAUAAAGUAUAAUCUUACACUUUUAUGUUCCUUGUGCGAUCUCUUUUCAAGAUGUCAGGCCACACACCCUCGCUCUUGAGACUGGAACAGAAGGCCGUGGAGGCUGACCAGAUCAUCGAAUACCUCAAGCAGCAGGUCCAACUUUUGAAAGAGAAAGCCAUUGUUCAAGCGACCUCCAGAGAGGAGAAGAGGCUGUUGGUGGAGAACGCCAAGCUCAAGAAGGACAUUGAAGACCUGAAGAGACAGCUGCUAGAGAAGGAAAAAGCGAGAGGAGUAAAAGAGUUGGCCGUGCCUGCAGUCGAACCCAGCGUCCAGUGUGUGACUAAACCAACAUCUACGUCUCCACCUGCCCCGCCCGCUUCUGCACCUGCCCCAGCUACAAAACCAACACCUGCCAAAGACAAUGAAGCCACUAAAAAAAACAAGUCUGAGAAGAAAGGUGAGAAGAAAGAGAAGAAAGCAGCUGCCCCACCCCAGGAAGACGCAAAAGUGGACGUGUCCCGGUUGGAUCUCAGAGUGGGCCGCAUCAUCAGCGCCGACAAGCAUCCCGAUGCCGAUGCUCUCUACGUUGAGCAGGUGGAUGUAGGUGAAGCGGCUCCACGCACCGUUGUCAGCGGCCUGGUCAAACACGUCCCCCUCGAUCAGAUGCAGAAUCGUAUGGCUGUUCUCCUGUGCAACCUGAAGCCUGCCAAGAUGAGGGGUGUUUUGUCCCAAGCCAUGGUCAUGUGUGCCAGCUCUCCAGACAAGGUGGAAAUCCUGGACCCCCCGAGUGGAGCCGUGCCCGGCGACAGGAUUUCCUUCCAGGGCUUCCCAGGUGAGCCUGACAAGGAGUUGAACCCUAAGAAGAAAGUGUGGGAGCAAGUUCAGCCAGAUCUACGUACUGAUGACCAAUGCAUAGCCACUUAUAAGGGAGCUGCAUUCGAGGUUGCCGGCAAAGGCGUGUGCAAGGCCCAGACAAUGAGCAACAGUGGCAUCAAAUAGAAAAUUCUUACAAAGCUGUGAAGAGGAGCAUAUUUCCUAUCCUCAAGACCUCUUUAAUUGCAUUGAUGAAAGGAAAAUGUGAUGAAUAAAGUAUUUAAAUAUUA